UAUAAUGGACAUAUAUUAUGUAAUAUUCUCGUAUGUGAUUGCAAAUAUAUCAGCGUAUAAGAAUCCCCGUUAUACUAUUGCGACAUCCGGCGAAGAUGACAGAAAACAAUUUACGUGUAAAUAUUACGAAGACGUCGACAAGCUGGCAAUGAAAGGUUAUUUCAAAAUGAAAUACACACCUGUACAACAUUCACGAACAACUAUAACAACGGAAGAUCCUUACCUAAAGUUUGAAGGGGAUGUCAAUGUCGCGCUGUUUGGAAAUGCUUCAAUUGAAGGGAGACUAGAAGAAAAGACGAGAUCGGACCUGACAGAUAAGAAAGCAACAGCCCAGUACAUACAUUUUCCAUGCGGAAAAUUGUUUCGAGCCGAGCUGGUAUAUAAUAUGAGCGGAGUUCAUCUACCAAUGUCAGAAUAUCUACAUCGCGGUUACUGCAAGCUAGACGAGACAAAAGACUACAUGCAGACAGCCGUGAAUGCUUUCGCCAUUAUACUAAAUGGAGAUCUGGAUGACAUUGAACGAUUGUCAUCCGAAUAUGUUCUUCGUUCAGCAAGAACAAUAUCCAUGAUGAAAUUGCCGAAAGAAAAAUUAACAGCCAUGUGGGAUGUUGUCAAAGGUAGAAGAAAAACAAUUGAUAUAAGUUACGAAACUUUGGAAAAAUAUAGACCCCUUUUCAAAUAUAUUAAUGGGAAGGAGAUAGCACGAUUGAAUCUCAGUGAUCCGAAAAUACUAUCGUUUAUUGGUACACACGCGGAAUUGGACAGACAUCAGGUCGGUGUGAUUGCCAGUAAAUACAUAAGUAUAAAUACGAAAUGGUGGGAGCCGAGAAAUUUAAAUUUAAUGAAUAAUAUACUAUGUGGGAUCCCUAUGACGUUCAUGAGGCAAUUACCUCAGAACACGUUUCUGCAAUUAUCACAUCAGGUGUUCUAUCACAUACAUGCCUGUGAUCCUUUACAACGCCGCUUCUAUCUUGCUUUUAUGAGUGGAACUCAGGUGUUGGGCAAGUCAUACAGCUGGAGUGCGAGUGACGUAGCGAAGCUUGGUUUUCUAAUGGCUGAAGUGACUGGACCAGAUUUAAGUUCUAUCAAUCCUAAAUCUAUGGCUGGAAUAACUUCUAAAGUGAUGCUGACCAUGUCGCCACAUAAUUUACAAUACCUAACGGAGGCGCAACUCAAGUACUUAGGGCAGAAACCUCUAAAUAUAUUAGCGAGAAAACUAAAAAAAUAUCAAGACCAAAUGCAAAUAUACGAAAAUCGUGGAGCGAAAAUGAUAUCACCAUUAUAUCUAUUAGUUUAUUUAAUUUUAUUAAAUUUUAUUUAA